AUGGCUCAGGACGCAGGGAAGAAAUCCCCACUUGAUGAGUUGGGGACACCUCGGGGCCACAAAGGCUUGGAUCCCGAACAGAAUGAGGGUCUCUCUCCCUUAAACAUGAGAGGCAUCAGGCAGAUGCCCUUCGAGGCGGCUACACCUGGGGAGGCUGAGGGGGCCGGAUAUCUGCUGCAACGGCAAUCAGAGCAUGUACGAAAGGCGUUUGGGCAACAGAACGUACCUGGGGACUGCUGCUUUGACAGUAUGGGCUCCGGGGAGGAGGUCCCUGCCUGUUGCCAGGAGAAUGGCCAACCGCUGGAAGGCGAGACAAGACCACGGAACCGUGAUUUCGCUCUCAGAGAAUCUGCCCAUUCAGCUGACUGCGGCGGCAAAGAAUCCCGCAGCGGCAGCAGCAGCAGCGGAGGCGUGCCAUGCGUACUUAGUCCAGCUCCAGAGCGUCCCGUCUUCUGUAGCGUUGGUCUCCACAGCCUGACACCCACGAAGCCGGCCUCGCGAAAACGCGCAUCGCCGGUACAACGCCCUCGACAGCAACAACGACAGCAGCAACGACCGCAGAAAGAGCAGCGUACGCAACAGUUGAGAGACGCCGCUGUGGGCGAUCCCCAACGCGAGGGAGAGGAAGCACGCAAUGGUUUUCGAUGCACAGCUUGUGGGACUCUGAAGGUACGGGCGCCCGUAGGGUUUACGUUAAUGCAAAAUCCGUCGCCUUCGUGGGGUCAGCUUCGCAUGGGAACAUGUGCAGAGGCACCUCAGGCAGAAUCGGCAGCAUCUCCAGGCGCCAGUGUCCCUCAUGGCACCCCACGAACAAAUCGGAGGCAAGUGAAUUCUGAGGGCUGCGCAUGGACGUUGCCUGUCGGGGGCCCCAAGGGGGGUGGGCCUUAUCAUCUGCUGAGACAGCAACAACAGCAGCCGAAGCAGGGAGAAUUUGUCGCAGGCAGCUUACAGUGGGGUCAACCCACGUCGUUUUGGCUCGUGGAAUCGGAUUCCCGCAUCGCCUUGUCGUCCUUUCGACUCCUAGUGACAUUAAUGGUGGUACUGGCGGCGAUUAAAUAUGGGGUUAGCACGUACUUCCCCCCCGCCAUGAAGAUACCCUUUAUCUGCUUCUUUUGCGCCGACGUCGUCAUCUGGGUUUUCUUUGCCUGUGAGGCUGCUCUACGCGCCCGAGCUAUGGGGCUGAAGCGUUUUUUCCGAGACCGGCAGUUUCUGUUUGACACCUUCUUGCAGUUGGUGGGACUCUCUGCUAUCUCCCUCCGCACCUGUAUCCUUUUGGACGUCGGCGGCCUGGGAACCCGCGUGUUCGACCCGGAUUCGCUGGAAUGGAAAACGGGCAUUGCGAAUGAUUUCAUCAUCGGAGAUGUGAAAAUCGCACUUGUGGCCUUGGACACGGUGCAGCUUGCGCGUAUUUAUCGUCUGUCGUUCUCAUGCAGAGAACUUUUCUUCCUGACGAGGAGCAUUCUUCACAGCCUCCGUUCCUUGCUGUGGACUGCCUUGUUUGUUUUGGUUGUCAUCUACACUUGCGCAGUCUUCUGUACCUGGGCGUAUUAUGAUGAAGACGACGCGGAGAUGCGGCUUCUGUGGGGGAAUUUAGUGCUCUCCAUGUUCACGCUUUUCACUGUGCUCACGCUUGAAGGCUGGAACAAUGUGGCCACAGCGACUGCAGAGAAGCACCCUUUUAGUCGGAUCUUCUUCGUGGCGUAUAUUUGCUUCACAACGUUGACUCUUUUGAACAUCGUCACAGGCAUUAUCCUAGACGCAUAUGUAGACAUGUCCAACAGACUUCUUAUGGAGGCAAACUACAAGGACGACUUGGAAAAAGACAUUCACAAUGAGAAAGUCCUACUGUCCGCUUUUGAAAAGACGCCAUUCCUCGUUUGCAUGAGGCCUGCAGUCUCGACAUUUUUGGCUGAAGGUAGCGCCUUCACCGCCGCGAAUUUGGAUCACACUACGAGUGGUUGGGCGGGCGGGGAUUCGGGGCAUGAGUGUACUAUACCGACACUUCUAAGAGAGGGCGAAACUGCGACAACUUGGCGUCACGCUCUUGCUAGCAGCAGCAUGGCCACACAGGCGGCGGCGUCUGCCUCUCAGAGCCCCAGAGCACCUAUGUGUGCAGCAGGAACUCAUUUCGAGAGGAAGCUAACGGGGGUUGCCAGCGAAGACAGCACAGCUCGACCAUCAACAGAAAGUGCGGCGGACUCUGAACCCCUUCAGAUCAGGACGCACCUGCCGGACACGGUUCAGUUGGAUGGGAUCAACGUCCGCACGUGCGUUAGAUACCUGCGCAUUGGAGGUCACCAGCCCAUGGACAUUCUUCGUGACCCAAUUAUCCAGGAUGCAUUGCAGGCGGCGCAUAUACCCUUCUACCAGGCGUUUGACGUUCUUAGCAUGUUCCAUCAGCGCGGCAUACAAUUUGUCACUGUGAAGGAAUUUGCUGAAGCAUGCAGCCGUGUCGUCGGUUCGGCAACAGGACGGCAGCUACUUCAGGUGCAGCUGGAGCUUCAGCAAAAGCUUUGCGGUCUUGAGCAGUGCAUUCGGUCGUUGUCUCGCCAGAAACAGUUUAAGAACAAUUACAGCACAACGUCAAAGCUCGACUUGUCCGUCCUCGCGGUUGUUAUUUCUAUUAAGUUGGCGGGUGUGUAA